UAUAACAAAAUUCCGGAAUACCAAUUAGGAGCGUUACUCUGGACCGAAAUGCCCGUAAAAGGAAUGAUUUACGAUCAUGCCGACCAACCAAAUACGAAUAAAAAGAAAAAGGAAAGAUCUACCAAUCACAAUGAUCGCAUUGACCAAUCUAAUGUGGUCGAACAUGCUUGA